AUGCACUUCAUUUGCUUACAUGGCCUACGGUUCCCUAAGAAGAAGCCCACAAUUUAUAUCCCAGCCAAAGAGAAGGAUGGGUGGGCCAGCUCCACCUCUGGGAAGAAGAGGAGGAAGAAGAAGGAGGCAUAUUUUAGUUACAUGGGGAAAAUCCUAAAGCAAACCCACCCAGACUUCAGUGGGUGCUCCUGGAUCUUGGAUGCACUGGGAGCUCUGGAGGAUUGGUGGCUGGAACGGGUUAGCCUGGAAGCGGUUAGACUGUCCCUCUACAACCACAGAAGAACCGUCACCAGCAGAGAGAUCCUUGAGGCAGUCAAGCAGAGAUGCUCUCGGAAGAGCUUGGGAAUAAAUGAAGUGAAUCUGAAUGGCCCUGUUGUUGAAAUGAUUACACUUGUCAAACAAAAUUGGGUCCGUUGGAGGACUGAGCUGGAAGAUGAAGUAUCUGAGAAGAACCUGCUGCAGUGGUGGUCUCGGUGUGACACACCUGGUCUCUGGGUCUUGCAUUUUUAG